AAAGGAAGGAAUGUUCGGACUGUUUCCGUCUGCAGAUUCGCACAUCUUUUUGCGUUUUGCAUCCCCAACCUCGAACCUCAAACCUCCAAACCCCGGCGUCUUGCCAACUUGCAGCCUCAGAGUAUUACAACGUUUGCGGCCUUUGUUGAAAUGGCGGUCGAGGGCCGACCUCCAACACCCAAGUCGAUCCUCCGGGGUCACAAGGCGCAGGUUCAUGCCGCCACCUUCAUCCGCAACAAUGAGCGCCUCGUCACUGGUGAUGCCGAUGGUUUCGUCAUCGCCUGGGACCUGACCAUCAUGAGGCCUCGCGCGGUAUGGCAGGCUCAUGAUAACGCCAUCCUAGGGAUUGCUGGAUGGGGUAACGACCGCAUCAUAACCCAUGGUAGGGACAACAAGCUCAUUGUCUGGAAGCUCAUCGGCGAUGAUGAGGCCCGGAUGAGUACGACUCUUCCACUCGAUCCAUGCGCAGAACCGCGUCCAAAGCCAUGGAUCUUGCAUCUCCUGGAAGUCAACACCAUGAACUUCUGCUCUUUCUCAUAUUGUCCUGUCUCGGCUCCUGUACUACCAGGUCAGCAGGAGGGCCAAAGUCAAGAUACAGCACAAGAGUCAAGGUUCGAGUCUGAGCUACUCAUCGCAGUUCCCAACACGCUGGCGUCCGAAGCGAUUGACAUCUUUCAUCUCCCUUCCCAGACGCGCCGCCAUACUGUCAAGUUGGGCGAUAAGAACGGCAUGGUCAUGGCCGUGGCACUGUUCAACCAGGCAGACUCUUUAACCUUGGUAGCCGGGUAUGAAAAUGGCCUCGCUAUAGUAGCUCAUCGGGAUCCCGUCAAGAACGACUGGGUACCUCUCUACCAAGCAACCUGUCAUUCUCAACCUAUCCUGUCGUUGUCUGUUUCUCCUGCCCGGGAUUUCUUCCUUACGUCAAGCGCUGAUGCGGUCAUUGCUAAGCACCCCUUGCCUUCUGUGGUCUCACAGGAUACAACAUCGACACAUGCCACAACGACUCAGGCCGCUCAAGUGUCUGAGAGUGAGGAAAGCAGCAGCCCUGUCAACACAGGGGACAAAGCCGUUGGGAAGUCUCUGCUUGGUGCGGCCUUGGCCAAAGAAAAACAGAAUCCUUCAUCGCAACCAAAACGAUCACUCAAGCCCGAAGAAGUACUAACCCAUCCCCUGAAAACCGUCAACACAAAACAUGCAGGACAGCAAAGCAUCGAAAUCCGCUCUGAUGGCCUGAUCUUUGCCACUGCUGGCUGGGAUAGCAAGAUCCGCGUUUAUUCCACAAAGACGCUCAAAGAGGUUGCCGUCCUGAAAUGGCACCAAGUUGGAUGCUACGCUGUCGCUUUCGCCCAUAUUGCACCAAACACUGGUGCUCCAUCAAUUAACGACCAGAAUCCAAAGGCAACUGUAUCGACGACUGGUACCCAACCGGCUACGUCCGAUUCCCUGGGCCAUGGAACCCAAAAACCAAACAUGGACCAGAGCCUCACCGUCGUACCAAAGCUUGUCGAAUUGACAGUCAGAGAUAAGCGUCUCAGACAGGCAAAGGCGGCACAUUGGCUGGCUGCUGGAAGCAAGGACGGAAAGGUCAGUCUCUGGGAUGUCUUCUAGACGUUCGAUGCGGCCGCGGCAACGUGGAAUUAAGUAUCUUGGGAGCUCUUAAGCAGCAGAAAUUGCAUCUUCACUCCUGUCAUCCCGGUCGUGGAGCAAAGACGGGAAACAGCAUCAAUCGAGGUCAACAUAAAUGACCCCAUUUCACUCUGUGUAAUAGACGUUGAGUGUCCGUGAUGCCAGGGGAGGAGGUUUCACUUGACAACCACACUGCCAUGCUCCGUAUAUGGUUCCAGAAUUCCUCAGGCUUGGCAAGCGAGCUCGUGACUCGGUGUAGGUUCGCAGGAGAUCAUGCCCUUGGCGCCAUUCCAAUUCCAUGCUCGGCAACUCAAGCCGAUGCACUUCUCUGACACAGGCCUGACAGGGUUCCCCAACCCGGUCCGGGUAGCGGGCGUUCCAGAUCCCGAUCUGCCCCUUCUCAUGGCUGGUUCCCCAAACAGGAAACUAUUGUGCAAUUCGAGAGUGGUGAUAGGCCAGCCGGACAGGACUCCAUCGGCCCCUACGACGCCAUCUGUCGGCAAGUCACGUUCUAUCGAUGCGAAAUCUUGACGCCGACAAGCUGAAAUCGGAAUGAAAAGCCAUACCGCGAUCCCACAGAUCUGGCCAGCCAACUAGCUCUUGUCAUGGCGUCCCUCCGGUCCAAGCAGGGCAGUCAUGAAGCCUCUAUUGCCCCAGCCAUCCUUGCAAAGGCUCCUGUUGUACUCCUGCCUGUAACCAGCCCAGCACAUGAACAUAACACCAUUUUCCAAGACAUGCAUACUCUCAUCUUGGCUUGCAUUGGAGCAAAUGGGCAUAUGGUUCCCCUUGUGCCAUCCGGAUAGUCGUCAGAGAGUUACAGAUUCAACCAAGUUGUGCCCCCAGCCAGUAUCACUGCUUUCACAUAGGCGCCCUUCAUCAGAGCCCUUGCUCACAUUGGCAUAUCCAUGUCCCUCAAGAGCGCUAUGUCUUGUGUGUCUCGACAAUUCUUACCUCUUCUACUAGGCUUUCCCCUGAAAGAAUUCCGGAUGCCUCGACCGGAGUUGCUCUAUCGACCCAAAACGCAGCAUCACUUCCGAGGCAUCCACUUUACUUUACCUCUCCCUGUUCCCAGAUUACAUGUAUUGGCGAGCCUUCGGCUGCCUGCCUGUUAUUUUCUUUCCACGGAUCUCGAUCGGGAGACGCCGCGGCCCGACUUUCGCAAGUUCUGAGCUGUCUCCUUGAUCACGGUUGCCGUGUUUCUAGAACAGAUCUAUCACCUCUUCGACACCGAGACACGCUUCGUGGCGUUGCCUUUGCAGCCCCUGCUGCGUUGAACAUCCUUGC